CGUCCGCCCGUCGUCCGCGCGACGCUGAACGCGCUGAGCACAGUCAUGGAGCUGAAAGCCCGCGAGCAGUGCGCGUUCCCCGCAGAGCCUCCGUGCGCGGGCUCCUCCGCGCACCUGCUGGAGUACAAGAACGCGUGCGCGCUCAGCGCGUCCACCAUCUCCAAGGCCGGCGUGGGGAUUAUAAAAAUGGUCACGUCGCGCUGGAGGCGCCGCGACAAGAAAGCGCGCCUCGCGCGCUCCUCCAGCGCCGGGCACCCGCACGCGUCCACGGAGCGGAACCCGCGGCGCCCGCUCGCGCACCCCGCGCUCCGGCUUCUGCCCGGCUGGAAGGCGCGCGAGGAGCAACUGUGCGCCGCCAAGCCGCAGAACCGGCGGCGCAUCGUGGUGCUCGGCGCCCCGCGCGUGGGCAAGACGGCGAUCGUGCGCAGGUUCCUGCAGGACGCCUUCGAGGAGCAGUACGAGCCCACGGCCGAGGACUUCCACAGCAAAGUGUACCGCAUCCGCGGACACACCUACCAGAUAGACGUGCUGGACGCGCCCGGCGAGAGGGGCUUCCCCGCGCGCCGCCGCCUCUCCAUCCUCACAGGGGACAUCUUCCUCCUGGUAUUCAGCGUGGACGACCGCGGCUCCUUCGAGGAGGCGCGCGCCCUGCGCGAGGAGAUUCUCGCGGCAAAGGCGAAGCUCGCGCAGCCCGGCGGGAGCGCGCGCGUGCCGACCGUCGUCUGCGCCAACAAGGCGGACCUGGAGCCGGGCGCGCGCGCCGUGAGCCGCGCGGAAGCGUGCCGCGCGUUCGCGGGCGACUGCGCGCUUUUCGAGACCUCCGCCAAGACCCGCGCGAACCUGGACGACGUGUUCGAGGCCGUGGCGGCGCGCGGCGGCCUCCCCAGCGAGACGCGCCCCUCGCGCCACCGCAGCGUCUCCAUGCGCUCGUACCAGGCGCUGCGCGCGGGCCGCAGCAGAGCGCCCCCUUGCGACGUGCCGUACGGAGCCCUGCGUCCCCUGGCGCGGCGGCCCAGCUUCGGCAGCGACCUGCGCCUGGUGCUGGGGGGCCGGGGGGCCGGCAAGGCGGCGCAGAGGUGCCUCGCUCGGUGACCGAAGGCCCGACUCCGUGGAUAUGGACCUUUUGUACUGCGAGCCGAGCGCCGGCUGGACCGGCGCGCGCCCUACGUACGGCAAUGACCGUGUUUUUACCUGUGGAGGUUCCGCAGGGCGGCCUUCCUGUAAAGAACGAGCCGGAAUAAAGCGCCGAACUGCAGAGUGUGUGUGCGUCCUGUUGUGUGUCGGUGCCUUGUCUACUGGAGACGGGUCAAAGGUUCGGCCGGACGCUGCUGCGGGAACACACCGGCGCGGCCAAACGCGCGCACGCACGCACACACACACCAUUGAUGGGCAUCCAGGAAGGAGGAGCAAGAGGCCGUUGAGUCAGGGAGGUGACAGCGGUAUCGCUGCCGCACACACACGCACACGCCGACAGACACG